AAGGAGGGAUCCGAUUAAUCCAACCAAGUUGCUGAAAACAAAAACACUUCUCAAAAUCUCUCUACAUCUUCCCCCAAAAUGGCGAUUUCGACGCUCCAAAAACUCACCUCCCAAAUCCACCGUCUCCCCUCACUCUCCUCCCAAAUCCUCACCCGAUCCUCCGCCACCUUAACCUCCCCUUCCUCCUCCUCCUCCAAAAAAGUUGCUGACCGGAUCGUCAAGCUCUUCGCCAUUGUCAAGCUCUUCGCCAUCGACCCUGAAGGCCAGAAGCGUGAGGUUGUGGGUCUAGCGGGCCAUACCUUACUUCGUGCCUUGACUAACUGCGGGCUGAUCGACCCCGCCUCUCACCGCCUCGAGGAGAUCGACGCUUGCUCCGCCGAAUGCGAGGUCAACAUCGCCCAGGAGUGGCUCGAGAGGCUUCCGCCGCGUACCUAUGAUGAGGAAUAUGUGUUGGUGAGGAAUUCGAGGGGUCGUAUCUUGAACAAGCAUUCCAGGCUUGGAUGUCAGGUCGUGCUUACGCCUCAGCUCCAAGGUAUGGUCGUCGCUGUCCCUGAGCAGAAGCCCUGGGAUAUCCCAUAAUUAUUUAUAGGAAAAACAAGACGAAUGAGGGAAUUUUUAGUGCAUUUCUGUUGUUUUUGUGGAAGUAAUAAUGAUUUUGUUACUUUGAAAUAAACAAAUUUUAUUUCUGAUUUGUGCAUUGCAGCUCAAUGUUAUUAGGGUGCGUUGGAAUCUAAAUGCAAGAUAUUUUAUGGUUUUU